UUUUUUUUUUUUCCAGACGAAUCGCCACACUCGUCAAAAACGACAGCAACCCUGGACCACAUUGGCUGCCUGAACCAGGAGUCAUCUUUGGCCAAUACAAAACUUAUGAGGAGUGCCAACACGUCGUCGACGAAAUGGUAUCAAGUGAAAAUGUCGAAAGUCAGGCUUUGGCGAUGUUGCGGCAAUGUGAUAAGGAACAAAAAAGGAAGGCAAGAACGAUGGAAACAAAUGCAGAAGAAACUGCUAAAGAAAAAACUGCAGUACGUCCAACUGAAAAAGAUCCUGGUACAGCUCACGAAACUGCAAAGAAAAUACAUGCGGAGGCCCCGCUUUAUGGUGCUACAGAGGUAGACGAGAGGCCGGUCGUCAGAUCACCUCUGGCCAUUUCUCGGCCCGAGAGGGAGGACGUCGUCAGAUCACGUCCCCUGGCCAGUUCUCCGACCGAGAGGGACCUGGUCGUCACAUCACCUAUGGCCAGUUCUACGGCCGAGAGGGAGGUCGUCAGAUUACCUCUGGCCAGUUCUCAAGAUGUCAACAGAGCUGAAGGCAGACGAGACGCCAUUGACGUCUUUAGAGCAGAUACACCCAGUACGUCUGAUGAAGAACCCAGUGACGUACAAGUCCUGCCCGAGAAACAGCUGCCACAACAAAUACAAGAAAUUUUGAAUGUCGUACUAAAACAUGUAAGCAAAAAAUUUGAGGAAGUAAGCAAAAAAUUUGAGGAAGUGAAAACUUCUGUGGAUAACCUUCAGAAACAGCUGCAACCAGUACUUCCAGGACCUUCGCAGCGGGUGACUGACGGUGAGACACCUCUCCCUACCGGAUUUGUGCCUGUCCUUCCAAAGGACCCCUAUGAAGUGCUAACAUACUUCGGUUUUCCUGCUAGCACACCCGACAGUCUCGUAUCAAAACACAGGCACUACUUUCUUGGCAAUGCAUCGACAGAGCCAAUGAGAACUCACCGGUUGGCACUGAGGAAGGCAUUAGUUCAGCUAUGCCCGUUGCCCAAGCCUCAGUCGGGAAAAGGUGGCCUGACCCCCUCCAUCCGCCAACUCCUACAUUAUUUAGCACCCAGAGAUGUCUGGGUGAACUUCUGUUUGAAGGGCUACUCCAAAUCUAAGAGAAAUAUGGAGUCUGAAAUGCCGAAAUUUGUGCGCAUGAUUCAGGCGACAAUGAGCAUAAAACGCCAAGUCGACGAGUCGACGGUGAACGCUCAUUUAUCGGAGGCAUUAAGGAAAGAAAGUGACAGAUCAGGCUUCCGUAACACGGCGCGACCCAAGAAAACGACAGCACCAAACACAAGCACACCGUCCACGUCGGACGUACCAGGAACGUCAGGGCAUGGGACUGGUCAAGACGAGGGAGAAAGUGACUCCGAUUAUAUCGACAACGAUGCGGAAAGUAUCGUACCGCUGUCGAGUGGUAAUGAUACCGACAGGGCUACAGAUGAACGGUACUCGGACGAUGAAGAAUCAAUCACUGAAUAA